AUGUUAACCACCGCACCGUACCUGCGCACGCGAGGGGCGCCCGACGCAAGGGAAUUCAUCAUCUCGACACUCCCCCCACUGACGAUACCCCUCCGCAUCGCGCUCUACACCCUGCAUCUUCUCCGUGUCGUCCUCGGCCUCGGCGUGCUGCUCCUGCUAUACUCGAUCUGGACACUAAGCCCGUACGGCUCGCCGCCUCCACCCGCAACCGGAUACCGGAUAACAUCCGAACGCAGCACGUGUCCGGCGUAUACAUCCACGUCCUCCCUCCCACUCCCGUCCAAAGCACAAAUCCAAGACUUCCUCGCCGCCGCCCUGUCCUCCGUCCCGGGGCGUCUCUGCACCCACAUCGCCAAGGCCGCGCCGGCCUGGAUCCUCGUGCCCGCCGCCGUGGCCUGGCUCUACACGCUGACGCUGCGCAUACACACGGAGGAGCGGCUGCUGGUGCUGCGCGGGCUGGGCGUGCAGGCGAGCUCGACCAAGGACACGCUGCUGGGCGGCGGCGCCACCACGCGCUUCAUCCCCGCCGACAAGAUCCAGGACGUCGUUAUCAACGAGGCCUUCCGCGGCUUCCGCCCCAUCUCGUACCUGGUCGUCGUCGUCGAGGGCGAGGCCGACGUCGUCGUGGUGUUUCCCAAGCUGCUGCCGCACAAGCGCGUCGUCGAGCAGGUCUGGCGCGGCGUCAAGGACUGUCUAUACGAGCGGCCGAGGGGCCGAAAUUGGGCGCUCGAUGCUGAUGGGAAGGUCUAG